AUGAAUAAUUUUCAAACAGUGAAGAAACCAACCGUUAGCUCGUCAUUCUAUGAUAGUUAUACGGAAAAACCGGUGAAAUGGUACGAAAUCGUCGAUGCCUAUCGACAAUACACAGAGACGUAUUUGCCAUUGCGUUUAGAAAACUAUCCUCGAGAGUUGUGGGAAAAUUUCAAGAAAUUUUUCAAAGUGCGCGAAACCGAUGAUAUCGACGAUGAUCCAGUUAAUGAAGUGGAACAAACGCGUGCUGAUGGAAAUAUAAUCAAAUUAACCGAAUAUGAUUUAUCCAACGAUAAAUACGAUCCAAGAAUAUCCAAUGCUGUCCGAACACAUACAGAGAAGAACAAAGUUAUCGAAAAACCUCCCUCGCGCUCAGUCAAAGCCGAAGCACCAGUUCGACCGCCGCCAGUUCGGUCUCCGAGUAGUUCACGUCGUCACGGGCAUUCCAACAAAGUCGGACCUGACCAUUACGAUUGUCCGGAAUGUGCUGCUCUAGCUGCGCGAAGCUUUCCAACAAUGUGCGAUUGCAAUGAAUGCCGAGCUAAACGUUCCAGCAACCCAACUAGUAUUCCCUACUGUGAUUGUCGUGUAUGUCGAAACACCAAGCGUGUUUGA